AUGUUACUUCCGUUCCAUUUCCUCCAUAUAUAUCCUCUGCAUGUAACCAAUAGGGAUUUCAAAGGUACACACCUACUUUCCCUGAAAUAUACUGAUACUGAUACUGACCUAAAAAAUCAGUGUGCUUCAGCGCUACCUAAGAACGUAUUCGAGGAUGUGCAGCAAAGAAUCUACGCAACCACCAAAGAUGCUAGAUUGAAGAAGAGACUUGAUCUCCAGGAGAAACUCCAAUCACUUCUCCGUCCUACGAACGAAGGGAAUUUGACCACGAGAAUUGUCAACCUAUCGAAGAGGAGUCUCUCACCUGCGGAAAUCACCCUCCUUUCAAAGGGAAUAGGAUUUAAUCAUACGGAUGCCGCACCUACCGACUUCCUACUGGCCUCCAACCUUCCGGAAGACAUGCGCGGAAACAUACGGUGCUGCGCCACCGGUAUUAUCCGACAAAAAAGAUACCAACAAAAUCUGCCGGCCGAAGAAGCACAAGGAUUACGAUCAUUGAAGUCAGAUCACAGUAUUGUCGUUGUUCCCGCUGACAAGGGUGACGCUACUGUCAUCAUGGACAAAAUUGAAUACGUUAACAAGGCGAAUGAAAUCUUCAGUGACAUGGAGGCCUAUACCCUUCUCGCCGAAGACCCGACGAAAAAGCAAGCCGCAGCCAUCAAGAAAAGCGUUAAUGAGCUCGCUCGCCUGAAAGUUAUCAGUCCAGAUGACUCCAAGUUGAUGACCCUCAGUGAUCCCCAUAUCGCACACGCGUAUAGCCUCCCGAAAGUGCACAAGGUGGAUGUCCCGCUGAGGAUUAUAGUGCCACUCAUCGGAUCACCAACUUACAAUAUAGCUAAGUGGUUGUACAAUCAUUUGAAGCGGCUCACUCAUGGAUCAGACUACAGCAUUAACAACUCUCAAACAUUCCUCCGCAGGAUGCAAGGCUUCAAAGUAAGUACUGAUGAAUGCUUCCUGUCCUUUGACGUCGUUGCCUUGUUUUCUUCCAUACAACACGAUUUGGCAGUUGAAUGCGCAACCCAACGCCUACAGAACAAUCCUAUUGAGAUCCCAACACAGCAUGUUAUCGAACUGCAAAAUCUUUGCCUUAGGCACUAUUGUCAAUUCGAUAAUAAGUACUACGAACAGGUAUAG